UCCAGACCAAAGAGACGGCAUCACCUCUUCGCGCGUAAAAAUCGGACCUCACGGACACACACUCUGGAUGCUGGACAGAGAUAGGGCACAGGACUCAGGUAGGGGCAUGCAAAUGAAACUGGUAUAGUUAAAGGGCAAAAGCGAUGUGAGAAAUGCCGGCGGCGAAUUUGAACAGAGCCCGCCGCUGUGUUGAUCCUCUCCGUCAACAACAGUCCAGCUUCCAGUUCGUAUAAAGGCGCUGCUCUGAGGAACCACCGGGACUAUGUGAACACCAUGCUCGCGGUGAGAUGCCUGCUGCUUGCUGCAGUUUGUUCACCGACCUCUGUUACAGGUCUGAGAGAAUGGAUCAGUGCAGGGGACAGACUGGGCCCCUCAGAGGAGAUAGUCCAACCCAAACGGCUCCUACAGCAAAUCCACACAGAUGAAGAGCUACUCCACAGGAAAUUAGACACACGGGUCAAGAACCACACCUCCACUGAGCUGCCUGUCCAUCUGGCUCAAAGCAGCUUUCUCAUUGAGGCAUUUGGCACAUCGUUUAUCCUUGACCUGGACCUAAACCAUAACCUGCUUUCUACAGAAUAUGUGGAGCGUCACUUUGAUGAGCAUGGACAGCCCUCUGAAAACAUGGGAGGAGAGCACUGCUACUACCAUGGUCGAGUCCGAGGGGUCAAAGGGUCAUGGGCUGCUCUGUCCACCUGCCAUGGCCUACAGGGUAUGUUCUCCGAUGGGAACUUCUCAUAUGGGAUUGAACCUGUCAGCAGUGGAGAGGACCACAUUGUGUGUCGUCUUCCAGACAUCAACUUCUUCCCACCUCCUUGUCCUGGAUGCAUGGACAACACUACAAUGGCACCAGAGGGACACAUGGACUUCAGUGGAGACAUGAGAACUCAGGAGAAGGAGAAGCCAGCCCUAACAGACAGUCUGAGGAGGUUGAAAAGGCAGCUCAGUUCUUUGCCGGUGAGAAGAGGCCAGCGCACUGUGCAAACCGAAACCAAGUACAUAGAACUGAUGGUGGUCAACGAUCAUGAGCUGUUUGUGCAGUUGCGGCGGUCAACCACCCACACCAAGAACUUUGCCAAAGCAGUGGUGAACAUGGCGGAUGCGAUCUACAAGGAGCAGCUGAACACGCGCAUCGUCCUGGUAGCCAUGGAGACCUGGUCAUCUGAAAACAAGGUGGCAGUGGGUGACGAUCCUCUGCUCACGCUGAGGGACUUUAUGAAGUACAGGAGAGAGAGCAUCCGGGAGCGCUGCGACACUGUACAUCUCUUCUCUGGGAGGACAUUCAUGAGCAGCAGAAGUGAAGCAGCAUACAUUGGGGGGAUCUGCUCUCUGACCAGAGGAGGCGCAAUCAACGAGUAUGGCAGUGUGGGUCCCAUGGCCAUCACACUGUGUCAAAGUCUGGGACAGAACAUUGGGAUGUACAGGAACAAGGAACGGGCUGCUGCAAGUGACUGCAGGUGUCCAGACCCAUGGCUUGGCUGUAUCAUGGAGGAUACAGGUUACUAUUUGCCAAGGAAGUUUUCCCGCUGCAGUAUAGAUGAGUAUUUGCGCUUCCUUCAACUGGGAGGAGGCAGCUGCCUCUUCAACAAACCAACCAAGCUGUUGGAUCCCACUGAGUGUGGUAAUGGUUAUGUGGAGCCAGGUGAGGAGUGUGACUGCGGCUCAUUACUAGAAUGUGCUCGAAGUGGGGCCAACUGUUGUAAAAAGUGCACUCUUACCCAUAAUGCAAUGUGCAGCAAUGGGCUCUGCUGCAGAGACUGUAAGUAUGAGCUGCGAGGAGUGACAUGUCGAGAUGCCGUUAACGACUGUGACAUCCCCGAGACCUGCACCGGAGACUCCAGUCAGUGUCCUCAUAAUGUGCACAAAUUGGAUGGCUACAUGUGCGAUGCAGGACAGGGGCGCUGUUAUGGAGGUCGCUGUAAAACCAGGGAUGGACAAUGCCGAACUCUGUGGGGUUACAACUCUGCAGACCGAUUCUGUUAUGAAAAACUCAACUCUGAAGGAACAGAACAAGGGAACUGUGGCUAUGACUCCAGCGGACGAGGGUGGCUGCCUUGCAAUAAACCAGAUGUGUUGUGUGGUUUACUGCUGUGCACCAACAUGACAGUGAGGCCCAGGUUUGGGGAGCUACAAGGAAAGAUCACCAGUUUGACCAUCUACCACCAGAGCAGAUACCUCGACUGCAGGGGUGGUCAUGCAGUGCUGGAUGAUGGGUUAGACCUGGGUUACGUGGAGGAUGGGACGCCCUGUGGUCCAAAUAUGAUGUGUUUGGAUCGUCGCUGUCAUCCGGUGACUACCUUUAACCUCAGCACCUGCCCUGGCUCCUCGCCCUCCCGCAUCUGCUCACACCACGGGACUUGCAGUAAUGAGGUGAAGUGCAUUUGCGAUCCAGACUACACAGGAAAGGACUGCAGCGUCUUUGACCCUAUCCCCAUCCCCACACCGCCUGAGGGACCUGAGAAAUACAAAGGUCCCAGUGGUACUAAUAUCAUAAUUGGUUCGGUUGCUGGUGCAAUUCUGCUGGCAGCGAUAAUCCUGGGGGGCACUGGCUGGGGAUUUAAAAACAUCCGAAGGGGAAGAUCUUCUGGCGUUUGAGUGUCUGUCCUGUCUUCCCUGUGUCCAGUCUGAUCUGAGGAGACAAAGACGUCUUCCACUUGCUUUGCAAAUGGUGAAGAUCCCUCAGAACGUUUCUCAUUUUUCCUCAGUUUUUCCCUUUUCUUGUCAUCUCGACUGUUACUCUGCUUUACCCCUUUAACUGUAGAGGGAUGUUCAGAGACUUCCUGUUAAAUGCAGUAUUUUACUUGUGAAGGCUGUAGUAGUACUGUUCGCAUAGUGGAUAUUGACACAGCAUCUAGGUUAGUUUCUAUUGUUGGUCUUUAAACUAAUAGCCAUAGAUUGUAUUGCAGCUGCUUGGCUUCAUGACUUCAUAACUUCUACAUAAUAAUAUGCAUUAACAUGAAUGUACCGUUCAAACCGCUUUGAGGCAGUUGCCUGUUGUGUCUCUGAGCUGGUACAAAGUUGCACACCUGAUGUUGUAUCCAUUGUAUCAUAUGUAACUCACACAGUGCUGUGCAUAGAGCUAUGCUCAGCACAGUGCUGUUGUAAAUAGUGUAGCAUAACUCUGAGCCUCAUGAAGUGAGCCACACUAAAAGCACAACUUCAGCCCUUGACAGUAAAACGGUGGUGUUUUUAUUUUUACUCUAAACCUGCUGCAGAUGUAGGCUGUAAUAUGAACAGACAGUUAACAGACUAUGGCAAACUAAACUUCACUGUUAACAUUUGUUUUAAAGGGCUUUUUAAAAUCUAGAAAUAUCAGUCUUUUCUUUCUCUUAUUCUUGUGCCAACCUUCCCUAAUACUACAUUACAUUACAUCAUUAAGGCACAAUUUAACUUCAAAAUAUAUGCUUAACUUAAACUGCGACAUUAUAUAAUAUAGGCCCUUAUAUUUUUUUUUCUCUUUGGCCUAUGAUUUCAUUGCUCAGAUUUUAAGUUAUAUAGCUCACUGAAUAUAAUCAUUUUUAACCUAAUUGUAUGCAUACUAUAAGAGCUUUCUGGAACUAACCAGAU